UUUGUGGAACAUAGACUUUCGGCAUAGAUUUAGGCAGAGAUCAGGUUGUCUCAUUUCCAAUUUUCUCUUAUUUUCAUAUCUCUAUCUCCCAUACUAAAUUUGUCAGAAUAGGGCGUCUCAAAAAGAGACUGAGACUCCCUCGCCCUCCUCUGUAUAAACCUAUACCUCUUGGUAUACAUCGUCCGGGCAUAAUAAUGUUCUAAAUAAAUAUGUGAUGCAUAGGUCUUUCUAAUAAAUUUUUUUGAAGUAAAUUUGUUACUUAUAUCCGAAAAUAUGCACUUAAUCUGAAUUAUGAUAAUAUUUAUGAAUAUAUUAAAAAUACAAAUAUAAUCAAAAUCCCGGUUGAACACAUAACUGAUAGCUGAAAAACCGAAUGCAAAUAUAUUUAUUUUAAUUUUUUUUAUGUGUUACAUCAUCAUUUAUAACAUUGUAAGUGCAAAUUAACAAACCGACAACUCUUCCCAAGUUGUGUAACCUACCGUAGCGCGAAAAUCCAUUGUAGACUGGGUAGAGUAUCGGAUCUAUAUCACUUGGCUGGCAAAGAUGGCGUUAAUCAGACUGCAUUUUCAGUAAGGAUUUGAUGAAGACAUGGUGAGCUGGUGAAAUGAAGGAUGGAGAGACAGACGAAGUGGAAAAUCAAAGCGCCCACUUGGCAUCCAUGCUAAAGAUAGCAGUGGCUACAGCGAUAGUGAAAACCAAACCCAGACACUUAACGGCGGAAGACUACGCUCGAGAUCUUUGUAGCAAGUUUGCCGUUUCUCAGCUGAGCUGGAGGAGUAAGUACGAGAGCGUGGAGACGGAGCUUCUUCGCGCCAAACAGGAACUGGCUCUCAGGGAGAUCCACACGCAGUCUACACAAGAUUCCCCGUCUGAUGCCCCAACUGUUUUUCUGACGCCUCCCCCAUCUUUAGAAGAAACACCCUCCAGUGAGCAGGAACCUAACGGACCGCAGAAAGACCUGGAGCUUCACACCAAAUUCUUACAAGGCGUGGCACAGUUGAAAUCCUUACCCCUAGUGACAGCUGGAGGGUCAGAAAUCAGUCAUAUCAUGAAGGCCACUAUUUUUAAAUCUGUUAAGACGAUACAAGAUGCGAUUUACCAGAGUAAUAAAACGAUUUCAUAUAAAUGCUUAGCCCACGCCAUUUCCACUGUGGCCAAAGUGUGCUCCUGGCUUCCAGAUUCUACUUGGGCCGAUGUCAGGGACUGUGUCGAGGACCUCCUGAAUGUCAUACUCAAGGAGUUAUGUCUUCAAGAUUCAAUUAAUAAGCAGUACACCGCCCACGAGCAGCUAACGGACAUGUUCCUUUGUCUGGCAAGCCAAGUAAGGCUACAGAAGAAAGGCAUGGACAUAUUGCUUUCCCAGAUUGAGGACUUUUCAGGACACCUGAAGAAUGUGUCUGAGGACAAGGGCGACUUGGAUCCCGUUGUGUUUGAGAACAUGUUUUACGUGCUGAAAGCCACCGAAGUGUUGCUCAGCAAGGCGAAAAUUACGAACUCGAAUUUUAAAGAUUCGCACUAUCAACGGUUGUCUGACCGCCUGGACGACGCCUUUCUGUAUUUUACGGAUCAAUUUCCGCUGUUUGGGCAAUUGCUGUGGAAGAUUGGCUUAAAUCACAUGAGCCAAUCCGAAAGAAAACAGAUCAUGUAAUACAUUGUUUGACAUCAUGUAUAGUUUGUAGGGGAAUGACUUUUACUGAAAACAGCAACUCUGUAAAACAAAAUGUACCCUUGCGUUUUAUAUCCGUAUGUAUAAGACUGAGAUACAUGAUGGAAAUCCUUUAUAAGUUAUUUCACUAACCCAAACUCAAUCCGACGGAUGCAAACCGAUCAGGGGAUACAAACAUUAGCAUGUAAGCCUAGAUGUCUAUGAUCUAACUUUUACGCCUUGGUCAGUAAAAUUUUUGGCGGUUUCUCAUUGCGCAAUUUUAUUGGCUUCUAGCGUAUAGCAUGAGGGUAUACAUAAUACUCUGUGGAUGUUAUAUUAAUGCUGUUCCAAUAUAACAGUUAGACCCAUAUGUUGAAUCAUUUGUUAGACUUCUGAUUUACAAGAAACCGAAUAAAUAAAUCCUUAUUAGUUCCAUGCGGCAUAAAAUUGUCUACAUUACUAUUAGCAUUAUUGCAUAUUUCUACAAAUGCCCACUCGAUCGCUUCUUCCUAUGGUUGAAAUAUUAACUCACUGCUGAGUUUACUAUCCCAUCCUCCCAUUACAGCUUCAUCCUGAUUGUAAAGUCAGGUAUUUUAAUACUCACAUAAUUAAUCUUUCAUUGUUCCUGAUAUCCUAAUAAAAAGAUUUAAAUAUUGCAUGGUGUAAGGGCUUAUGUUGUUGAUGUUUGUCCUAUGUUGUCCAGUUCACAUGAUAUAAUUUAAUAGCCACAUGCAUAAAGCAACUGCUUUUGGAUUCAAGCUCUCAUUGUUUUUUAAAUGAUUUUAGUGCUUAAGUAAGAGCUUUCUAAAAUGUUUAUAGGAGAAAAAAGUUUCUGAUUCCCGCUUUUUAUUUUUCUACUGGUAAUCGCGUAACUUGUUUUCGUUAUUCCCAUAUAUGUUGCGGUUGCU